CAAUAUUAUAUUAUAUCUAUCAAAAUAAGACCUGGCAUUAGAGUUUGCCACGUUGCAUGCAAUUUGAAGAGAGAGAGAGAGAGUGAGAGAGAGUGGUGGCCAUGGCAGUAGCAGUGAGCUACUGCAAGUCUUCUCCUUUUCUAGGCCAAUUCCCAUCUAAUUUCGGAAAAGCACAAUGUAGGCAUAUAACAGGAACUUCAGUUCAGGUGCCUAGAAUUAGUGCACUAUUUUGGGGAUCUAAGAAGUCUGUAGCACCACCACAGGAAGUGGACUUUUCACUUGGAGAUUUCACUUUGACAGGGUCAACGCCAGAGGGCAUUUCAGCAAAUGAAGUGAAAUCUAAAAGGAUAUCAGUUUCAGUUGUUUCUUCAAUCUUAGAGGUUUCACCUAACGACUGGGAUGCGUGCGCUUUGGAUGCCACGGGUCCUGAAAAAUAUAAUCCAUUUCUUACACAUGGUUUUCUUUCAAGCUUAGAGGAGUCUAACUGUGCAGUGAAGGAAACAGGAUGGAUGCCACGCCACAUGAUUGUGAAGGAUGAAUGUGAAAAUAUUUUAGGUGUUGCUCCACUCUAUCUUAAAAGCCAUUCCUAUGGUGAAUUUGUUUUUGAUCAUUCUUGGGCCGAUGCAUACUACAAUUUUGGGGCAAGAUAUUAUCCAAAGUUGCAAUGUUGUGUACCUUUUACUCCAGUAACUGGUCCAAGAAUUUUAAUUCGCAAUACAUCUUUCAAGGAUCAAGUUUUUGACAUUAUGGUCUCUGCUCUUAAGGAGCUGGCAGCCAAGUCUCAGCUUUCAUCAUUGCAUAUUACCUUCCCGUCUAAAAAUGAGUGGCAGAAACUGAAGGAAGGAGGUUUUCUGCAGAGGAUUGGAAUGCAGUACCACUGGAAAAAUCGUAACUAUAAGAAUUUUGAUGAGUUUUUGAUGGACAUGAAACAAAGUAAGAGAAAAAAUAUUCGUCAGGAACGCAAAAAGAUUUCUGUGCAAAAUCUGACUAUGAAACGGCUUCGGGGUUAUGAGAUAAAGGCGAGGCACUGGGAUUCUUUUUAUAAUUUUUACAGGAGCACCACCGAUAACAAGUGGGGUACUCCUUAUCUAACAAGAGAGUUCUUCCACAAUAUGGGAUCAAAGAUGGGGGAUCAAGUACUACUUGUUGUUGCUGAAGAAGGGGAAGAACUUGUUGCUGGAGCUCUUAACCUUAUAGGAGGAGAUACUUUAUUUGGGCGGCUAUGGGGAUGUCAGCCACGAGCUUACUAUCCAAGUUUGCAUUUUGAAGCAUGCUAUUACCAGGCAAUAGAAGCAGCCAUUGAACUCAAUUUGAACACAGUUGAGGCAGGAGCUCAGGGUGAGCACAAGAUUCAGCGGGGUUAUAUGCCUGUGACAACUUACAGUUGCCAUUACCUUAUUAAUAAAAGUUUCGGGAAGGCCAUAGAGGAUUUUCUAGUCCGCGAAUCAACUCAGGUCAGGCUUGUUACGAAACUCUUGCAUGAGUCUGGUCCCUUUAAGGAAGGUAUACAGCAGAUAGAGGAAAACGAGGCCCUAACUUGAAGGAAAAUGUUUGUGUUUUUAUACCUGUAAAUGUAUUUUUCAUCAUUUUGAGAUAAUCAUAGUUAUGAUCUUUUGCUUCAAGAAUCAGAGUGUGUAAAUAGUUUCAUUGACAGCAAUCACUAGUGGACCAUUCAUCAUUGUAUCAUAUUUCUCUCUAGUAGGCAACCAGCUAGCUGAGAUAUCAAAUGCUAGCUCUGGACUAGUUUAAACCCAUAUAAAUCAUGCCCUGAUAUCUAUA